AUGGAGCCUUGGUGCGCUGGAUUCUGCCGGCAAAAUCGGCGCUUGCCCGUAUAUUUUGGCUUCAACGCAUUUGGCGGCGAGGGAAGCGGAGGCGGCAUCAGUCAAAUUCUGCAACCCUGGUGCGUCACACUCGACUUAUUGUCUUUUUUGCCGCAUGGCUGGGUUGCUUUCGCCACGCCACUCAGCCCCUCCUAG